AUGUCCGUCAGACCAUCCACCUUCUCAAUAUUCUGGCGGCAAUGCCUACAAUGUCCAACGCGACCCAGCUUUCAGAUGAAUCCGACAUCAUUCUCGCGCUACUUCAAUUCUAGUGUGCCUCGUUCUAAGGCCAAGGGUGUGGCUAGGACUAUCGAUUCCCCAUGGCAAGCCGCAAGCCCUUAUGGGAACAAGAACCCCCGUGCCCUUGCCAAACUGCAAGCAAAAGUAUUACAAACCGGCCAAGUGCUUUUGUUCCAGGCCCCUUCUCAUCGCCCAUAUGUCUUAACUGCAUACGGUUUGUCCGCGUUUUGCUUCGCCUAUUCCGUCUACAACUCGAACGCGGUUCUCCUAGAUCCUUUGGUUCCUCUUCCAAUGUGGCAGAAAUCUCUCUUUGGUGGUAUCUGUAUCAUGAUGAGCGUUGGAGGCACCUUGUUCAUCUCCCGAACUGGCUCCCUAGUCAGAAAUAUCAAAGCGAUCAACUCCGAUGGUCGUAUGCGAGUUCUGUUCACAGUCCGAAGCAUGGUCCCUUUCAAAAAGCCUUACCAGGUCGAAGUGGCACCAGGUGAUCUCUCUUUCAAGCGCAGAGUCUCGGUCUCUCCGGAAACCAUGAAGCGUUACGAGGAUAGUACCAGACUCGGCCGUUCAUUGGAAACCGAGCCGGCCUUCAUGAGAACACUGAAAUCAGUGCCUCGCCGGAUUUUCCAGAGUAUGCGGCAACUUUUCACAAACGAGGACUUUAUCAUUGUUCAGCUGGUGGGUCAUAAGACCCAUUUCAGACUGGACUCCAAUGGAUACAUCUCCGAUGAUCUGCUGCACUUUGGACGCAUGGUGAAUGUAAAGAUGCCAUUCAGAGAUUGA